GGUGUUCAGAAAAAUUCUAGGAUUCAAUGCUAUGGUGUGAUUGCAUUUUAGAUCAUUAAAAUUCAGCCACUUCUUUUUGAAAGAUGUCCCAGCUUAAUAUUAAGGAUAGCGAGGUCGACAUUGUGAUUGGAGCACUCCACUCCGAUCUGACAGUAUUUAUGAAUGAAUGGAAGCCUAUUUUCUCCCGAUACCACUUGAUUAUUGUCAAGGAUCCUGAACUCAAAGAGGACCUCCAAAUUCCAGAUGGGUUUGACCUGGACGUCUAUUCUCAACAAGAUAUAGAUCGAAUUGUUGGUACUUCCAAUUCAAUUAAGUUCUCUGGUUACUCAUGCCGAUAUUUUGGCUACCUUGUGUCCAGAAAAAAAUAUAUCAUCUCAGUUGAUGAUGACUGUGUUCCUGCCAAAGAUGAUAAGGGCUUGUUGAUAGAUAUUGUAGAUCAGCACCUCGCAAACCUUUCAACUCCAGCCACUCCUUUCUUCUUCAACACACUGUAUGAUCCGUUUAGGGAAGGAGCAGAUUUUGUCCGUGGUUACCCUUUUAGUUUAAGAAGUGGGGUUCCUUGUAGCCUGUCAUGCGGACUGUGGCUCAAUCUAGCAGAUUAUGAUGCUCCUACUCAAGCCCUCAAACCAAGUCUAAGGAACACACGCUUUGUCGAUGCAGUCCUCACUAUUCCAGUUGGGGCCAUGUUGCCUGUGAGUGGAAUCAACAUUGCAUUUGAUCGAGAGACGAUCGGUCCUGCUUUAUGUCCAGCUCUGAGAUUGGCUGUGGAAGGAAAAGUUCGGUGGGAAACCAUGGAAGAUGUAUGGUGUGGAUUAUGCACCAAGGUAACAUGUGAUCACCUAAAGCUUGGUGUGAAAAGUGGGCUGCCUUAUGUUUGGAGAAAUGAAAGAGGAAAUGCAAUAGAGAGCCUGAAAAAAGAGUGGGAAGGGGUGAAGCUGAUGGAAGAUGUUGUUCCCUUCUUCCAAUCUCUUAGGUUGCCAGAAGCAGCAGUCACAGCUGAAGACUGUUUCCUUGCGAUCGCGAAGGCAGUAAAGGAUCAGCUUGGCCAUUCGAAUCAAAUGUUCUCUCGUGCUGCUGAAGCCAUGGUCGAUUGGGUCGAGAUUUGGAAGAAGGCUGGAUCUGGUCCUUUGCCUGACAAUUAGGAGGACUUCGUGAGUGAGUUUGGCCUCCUCCCCCCUUCAAUUAAUAACAAAAAAUUUCCCCUGUUUUUGGUUGUAACAAUGACUCAAAGAGCUGUUGAAAUUUCUAAUGAACCAACAGAACUUAACUAUUCGCGUAAUUGUUCCGCAGUUAUUUAAGUUCUCAUGAAGCCCUGUUAUUUUGUUGUUGUCUAUUGAUGAUAUGUAUCCUUCAAAUGACAUGCUUGUUUUGACCCUACAGAGUGAAAAGGCAAAAUGGUCAUGUUUCAUUCUUA